AUGUGUCUUUUCGAUUUAUAUGAUACAACGCAUAAUACGUAUUGGACUGAUCCACAUAAUCGAUCUCUCACAUUUAGAGUUCCAAAUGGUUUUCAUGUAUUCGAUGCCUCGGACCUUCUCGAUGUGAAUGACAUACAGAUUAUUACGAAUAUUUACGAAUAUGUUACCAAAACUUUCUAUCAUAGUCGACACGAUCCAAUGGGAGCUUUUGGUUUCUAUUCUUUGGUGAAAAAUGCUCAAAGUGAAUCCAUUCAUCAUCGUUUCUAUCAGUUUGACUUUUAUCUCGCGUCUAGAAUGCGCCAAAUUGGUUGGUAUACUCUCAAUCUAGUCACAUUUCCAGUGCCGAAGUUCAAUGCAAUGACCAGCAGGGUCAUGGCUUCUUUACCGUCUACAUUUGAUCCGAACAAUUCAUCGAUUGUUGGUGAAUUCAAUGAUUUUUUUGUACACUUUGGUACGCAUAUAGUAGUGGGUUCAACCAUGGGAGGUCUCAUGUGGCAACAAGAUUGGUUUGAGAGCUGUUUGCUGCGCGUAACAAAUACAUCAUGGAUUCGUGAACAGGUAGCUCUGCGCACCCCUCAAGGACUAUUCAACCUUUCACCAUACAGUGAGACAACAACAAAAACAAUCAGUGAAGAAUAUACCAAACAUUCAGAAUAUUCGUUGCAGGUGAUGGGCGGUUCAUAUUCCACCAAUAUAUCACAAUGGCGCGAAUGGAUGCCAACUGUGAAACAGAAACCACAUGCAAUAUCCUAUGAUCUUCUACCCAUCUACAGGCUUUUACCGGCAAAUAGUGACCGACGGAGAUCUCUCGAACAAGCAACGCUCCAUUUUCGCACCCAAGCUGAUUUAAACGAGCGAACCUAUAUUGCGAAAAUUGCAACCAUGCCAAAACCACCGAGACCUGGAUGUAAAAAGCCUAUAUCGAAGCGUUCUUUGAAGUUAUUUUAA